AUGACCGCUCCACCUAACCCCACUCCACCCAAACCCACUCCACCUAAUCCCGCUCCACCCAACCCCACUCCACCUUAUCCCACUCCACUCAAGCCCACUCCACCUAAUCCCACUCCACCUAAUCCCUCUCCACCUAAUCCCGCUCCACCCAACCCCGCUCCACCUAAUCCCACUCCACUCAAGCCCGCUCCACCUAAUCCCACUCCACCUAAUCCCACUCCACCUAAUCCCGCUCCACCCAACCCCGCUCCACCUAACCCCACUCCACCUAAUCCCACUCCACUCAACCCCACUCCACCUAAUCCCGCUCCACCCAACCCCGCUCCACCUAAUCCCACUCCACUCAAGCACACUCCACUCCACCGAACCCCUCUCCACUCAAACCCAUCCAACCCAACCCACUGCCCCAAACCCAUUCCACCUGUUCCAAAUUAA